AUGAGCCACAACACUCUUUGGACGCUUCUGGAGAACCCCUGGGCUUUCUGCACGACCUACUGGAACAGGGGUGAUUUUCAAGGACUGGUGGAAUCCGUGUCUUUUAUCAAAGGAACUCUGCCGUUGGAGCAUAAUGUUUGGCGACAGCUAUCAGAUUAUCAAAUACCUCGAACAAUCAACAUCAGUGGACCACUUGGGAUAAAGACUGUCGAGAAAAUACUCUUUGACCAACCUCAGCUUCUGACCACAUUGAGGGACGAGAUUGAUUCUCUCGACGACAUGGAAAUUGUCUAUGGUCCCGGUUCCCAUUCCUCUAAAUGGAAUGGUCUGCGGGAAUAUUUCCGCUAUAGAUGGUUAUCACGGAUCCCUGAUUCGGGUAUCUUUUACGUGGAAGAUCAUUUCCCUGGUGAUAGGUUUGCGCGCGAAACUUAUCCUGACCAGCCAGAUGCCAGGCUAAAGCAUUUUGACAAAAUCCCCGAAUUGAGGGUUCUAAUUAUGCUCACUGUCGAGCAAUGA